ACCAGACGCCCGUCUCUUUUCGUCUAUGUCUCCUCCCACACACACACACAGACACGCAUCCAUACUCCGUACUCAUUCACACGCAAACACACUCUCUCAGACGUACGCACACCCAACCUCUCCUCCUCCUUCAUCACAUCCUGUCCCAAUUUACCGAGACCUGGACCAGACACCGACAUCCAUGACUUCAUACGGAUACUGACCUGCCCGGUUCCGCCUCACGCCUCACGCCUCACGGUCCUCACCUUAACCUGGAACCGACAAGCACCACGCGCGCGCACACACACACACACACACA